UGAACUCCGUCCUCUGUGUGUGCAGUGAAAUGGCAGAAGGUGGAGUUCAUCUGGAUCAGGAGAGAUUCAGCUGUUCAAUCUGUCUGGAUCUACUGAAGGAUCCAGUGACAAUAAACUGUGGACACAGUUACUGUAUGGACUGUAUUAAGGGUCACUGGGAUCAGGAGGAUCAUGUUGGUGUCUACAGCUGUCCUCAGUGCAGACAGACCUUCAGCUCAAGACCUGUUCUGGGCAGAAACACCAUACUGGCUGAGGUGGUGGAGGAACUGAAGAAGACAGAACUCCAAGCUGCUCCUCCUGAACACUGUUUUGCUGGACCUGGAGAUGUAGUGUGUGAUGUGUGUACUGGGAGAAAGAACAAAGCCGUCAAGUCCUGUCUGGUGUGUCUCGCCUCUUAUUGUGAAACUCACCUCCAGCCUCACAAUGAAUCUCCAGCUUUUAAAAAACACAGACUGACUGAUGCCACAAAAAACCUUCAGGAAAAGGUCUGUUCCCAACAUGACAAACUGCUGGAGGUCUACUGUCGUACUGAUCAUCUGUGUAUCUGCUAUCUGUGUGUGAUGGACGAACACAGAGGACAUGAUACAGUCUCAGCUUCUGCAGAAAGGACCAACAAACAGAAGCAUCUAAAGGCGACACAGAGUGAAUUCCAGGAAGAGAUCCAGCAGAGAGAGAAGAAGGUGCAGGAGCUGAGACAGGCUGUGGACUCACUCACACGCUCUGCACAGGCAGCAGUGGAGGACACCGAGAGCAUCUUCACCCAGAUGAUCCGCUCCCUUGAGAAAAGGCGCUCUGAGCUCAAAGAUGUGAUCAGAGCUCAGGAGAAGGCUGCGCUGAGUCGGGCUGAAGGUCUCCUGGAGCGACUGGAGCAGGAGAUUGCUGAGUUGAAGAGGAGAGAUGCUGAGAUGGAGCAGCUUUCACACACAGAGGAUCACAUCCAUUUCCUACAGAGUUUCCAGUCUCUCUGUGUCCCUCCUGGACCUGUACACUUACCCACCAUCCCUGUGUACCCACACUGCUCUUUUGGAGAUAUGAAGAAAGCUCUUUCUGAUCUCAAAGUCCGACUAGAGGAAGCCUGUAAGAAUAAAUUCACAGAGAUCUCCCAAACAGUGAAAAAAGUCCUGGUGAUUCCAGAACCCAGGACCAGAGAAGAGUUUCUACGCUAAAGUCCACCUCUGGGACCAGCGGGACAUGACUCUCUUCUCUCAAGAAUGGAGGAAGGGUGAGUCCUACUGGAGCGUAGGUGGCGUCCACUCUACAGGCAUGAGAAUACUUUGUGGAGACCGCGCCUUUGAGAAGGUAAGGCCUUUUUUUGGUCAUGCCGGCCAAUUUUUGGGGCUGGAUGUCACAUGGAGAAGUUUGCACAUACGUGUUCUGUGUGUCUAUGCUCCAGUGGAGGUCAAGUCCCGCAUCGCUCUGUUUGACGAGCUGGUCCCUCACUGUGUGACUGAUAGACAUCUAAUAAUAGGAGGAGACUUCAACAUUUUUCUCGAGUGCAAGGACAAUGCUAGUAUUAAAAAUUUUAAAAAUUUGAUUAGCAGUUUUAACCUCACUGAUGGUUUUAGAAAAUGCAACCCUACCGAUCCAGGCAUUACCUGGUGCAACAGCCGCAGUUCCUGUAGUCAUUUAGAUUACAUUUUAGCAUCGCCCUCCGUUACUUUUAAGGUUUUCUUGACUGCCCAGUGGCCUACAGACCAUAAAAUGGUCGAAGCCCCGACCCAUGGCUGUGGCUACUGAAAGAUGAAUAUUGGAGUCGUCUAAGAAAAGGAGUAUAGAGACCUUUUUUAUGAGAAUUUUCUGGUAUGGCAGGAUUCUAUUGAUUUUUACCCCUCGGUGGCUGAUUGGUGGGAGGGGUAAAGGCGAAGGCCAAGACUCUCACCAUCAACUAUUGUAUCCGACGUGCCACUUUGCGACGUCGAGAUAUCAGCUCGCUCGAGGAGGAACUCCAGAGGAUUUAUUCUUGCCACAAUAACGGAGGGACCUUUGAUUAUGAUAGGGCCGUGAAGAUAAAGGCUACUUUGAGGCGGCUACAUGAGCGGCAGGCCAAAGCCUUUCUGUUUUGUGCCAGAGUUACGUAGGUAAAGGAGAACGACAAGUGUACCUCCUACUUUUUUAAUAAGGUGAAGGACUUAAAAUGUAAGGGAGAGUUCACUUCUCUGCGGAACUAGCAGGAUGAGUCCUUCACCGACACCACCCAGACGUUGGAGGUUGCAUCUUGUUUUUAUAGAAAUUUUUUUAAAGUCAGGGAAAUGGACCCGGUAACCGAAAGGAGUUUUUUAGAUAAUUUGACGUCACAGGUUCCCAAGGAUGCCCUUGGCGACUUAGAGAGCCCCAUCACUUAACUUGAGCUGUUGGAGGCACUUGGUAAAAUGAAUCAGCGCAAGGUUCCUGGCCUCGAGGGUUUACCAGUGGAAUUUUAUUCCACGUUUUGGGGCCAGCUUUUUUGCGCGUUGUUGAGGAGAUGCUGGGCAGGGGCAUGCUUACCAAGAGCAUGAGGACAGGGGUGCUCUCUUUGUUAUACAAGAAAGGCGAUAAAGCCGAUCUUGCCAACUGGAGACCCCUUACGAUGCUUUGCGUCGACACAAAUAUCAUUGCAAAAGUCCUGAUCGAGCGCCUGAAGAAGGUAAUGGCCGACCUGGUCCAUCGUGACCAGAUAUGUGCACUAUCUGGACGUUCUGUGUUCUGGAAUUUGCACCUGGUCCGGGACUCGAUUGCCUAGGCAGAAGACCGAAAGGUACCCCUCGCACUGGUUGGACCAGGAAAAGGCGUUUGACCGAGUGGAUCACCACUUCCUAUUUAACACCUUGAGCAGAUUGGGCUUUGGCCCUAAUUUCCUGAGGUGGGUGCGUGUGCUCUAC